AUGCCAUACGAUCAAAUUCCCUCCAAGGCCUCCCUGAAGGUCGAACCGUUCAAUGCCCAUGUUUCAGAUCUCCAACUCGAAGGCCUCAAGUUCCUACUGCAAGUCUCGCCAAUAGGCCCAGAAACGUACGAGAACAAGGUCGCGGACGUGAAUAGUUACACCUCGUUCGGCAUUACGCGGUCAUGGCUCGAGGAAGCCAAACAGCACUGGCUUGAGAAGUACGACUGGCGCAAGACCGAAGAUCGAUUCAACACCUACAACAACUACACCGCCGAGAUCGACGACGACAACUUCAAGUACAACAUCCACUUCAUCGGUCUCUUCUCGAAGAAAGCGGAUGCCGUUCCACUGCUUCUGAACCACGGCUGGCCUGGUAGCUUCGUUGAGUUCCUGGACGUGCUCGAUACGUUCAAAUCGAAGUAUGAUGAGAACAGCUUGCCUUACCACGUCAUCGUUCCCAGUCUGCCGGGCCAUGCGUACUCCAACGGACCUCCGCUCGACAAAGACCACACCAUUCAGGACACUGCGAGGGUUCUCGACAAGCUGAUGGUCGGGUUGGGCUUUGGAGGAGGGUACGUGACGCAGGGAGGAGACACUGGGAGCUUCAUUAGCAGAGUAUUGGGUGCUACUAGCGACUCUGUGAAGGCUGUGCAUAUCAACUUCGCCGUCGGCAUUGGCCCUGAGAGCGGCGAUGAAGUGGCAAACAUGAGCGCUUCAGACCAGAAGCACAUGGGAAGGAUGAAGGACUUUCUGGACCAGGGAAGUGCUUACGCUCGCAUGCACGGCACUCGUCCCAGCACGAUCGGGCUGGUGUUAUCGUCGAGCCCACUCGCCCUGUUGGCAUGGAUCGGCGAGAAAUUCGAACAGUGGACCGACAAGAACCCACCACUCGAGAAGAUCCUAGACGACGUAACGCUCUACUGGUUCACGAAGUCCCUCCCGCGAUGCAUCUACAGCUACCGCCAAUUCUUCGGGCAAGAACCGCAGUUCUUCCACAACGACCCGAAGUACUACAUCAAGAAGCCGUUGGGGUAUAGUUUGUUUCCGGAGGAGCUGGCGCCGGUGCCUGUGUCAUUGGUCAAGAAAAGCGGUAACUUGGUCUGGCACCGUGAACACCAAAGUGGAGGACACUUUGCGGCCAUGGAGAAACCAAAGGAGUUCGUGCAGGAUAUUGAGGAUUUUAUUACUACGGCUUGGACAAAGUCGAAGAUGUGA